AUGACCGAGAUAUUCGGAUCGAGUGAUUGUUCCGACGAAUCUCCGCCUCACGCAAGUCCAUUCAACGAUAGGACGCGUGGGGAUGGUGGUGAUGCACCUAUACAUCACCACGAGCGAAGUAACUCGAGGGAUCGGGGUAACACUGGUGCCAGUGCUCAUGCUGGCACCAAUCAAGAGGCCAGGGACCGCAAUUUCCUGCGCCACGCUCCUCAAGUGAAGUCACCUCGGAUGCUGUCAUCCGAAGGGCUCGAUCGAUGGGCUAUUAUGAUCACCGAACGGUAUCGCAUCCCGUUGUUCGAAUGUAGGAAUAUUUGCCCACCUAAUUCCAGCACGGAAACUAUACGUGCUGAGGAAGAGUUCUUCACCGAUGCGUUCUUAAAACAUCGGUGGUACAAUGGUAGCCGUGUUCGAGACGGCAAAGCCUUGGUGCAAGGAUGGAAUGACCUCAUCCACAACAUCGAGUGCUUUGGCCGUGAGGCCUGGGUCGGUAAACUUGAUGCAGAUCGCAUCAAAUUGGAUACGUAA